GUCCUGCAGGAAGGGUCCCAAAGGUGCUUUUUCAUUCAUUCAUUCACUUGGGCCCUUUGGACUUGUGCCCAACUCAUCAUGGCUCCAUUUGGGUUUUUCUGGGCAAAGAUGAUGGCGCGGCUGGCGAGGACGCGAAGGCAAAUAAGAUGAAGUGACUUGUCCAGGGUCACACAGCUAGCAAGGCUAGAUUUGAACUUGGGUCAGCUGCUCUGGCCCCUGGGCCCCUGGCUGGCCCUUACUUGACACAAGAGAUAAUGGUGAGGUCAGAGAGAAUGACUUAUCUAAGAUCACACAACUUGGGAGUGGCAAAGCUGGGCCGAGUGUCUUCUGUGUGCCGGAGAUACCCUCAGGGAGCAGGCAUUCUGGAGAGGGAGGGGGCAGCACCCUGGAGACACCGACCCGUGAGGGCAAAGGUGUGGAGGUGGGAAAUAGAGGAGCCUGUCUGGAGCCGGUACCAACCUCCCACCCACAAUGCUUACGUGCCCGGCUUCCCUCAUGCCUAUUUCCCUCCUCUGGGUCUUUGUCUUAGCUGUCCCCCAUGCCUGGAGGGCCCUCCUUCCCCACUUCCUGGGAGCCCUGGUUUCCUUCAAGACAGCUCCGGAAGCCUUUCCCGACGGUGGCCUCCUCUUCCCAAACAGCCUCGUCUUCAGUUCUCAAAAUCCCGUUGUGUCCGCAGGGCACGUCCGCUCCCAGGGGAGGGAGUGAGGAUGGCUAGUGGGGCCACCAGUGUAGACAGCCUUUUCUAGGGCCAGGCCCCGCCGUCCUGGCUCCCGCCUCGAACUCUUUCCAUGGAGCCCUACCGGCUCCCCAUGAGGCACCAGGGAGUAGGUGGGGGCGGCUUUCUGUCACCCCAGCGCCGGCUCCUCCUUCUCCCAGAGGUGGAGUUCUGGAACCCGAAGGAACGGUGGAGAUCAAGUUCCGGAAGAAGGACCUGAUAAAGGCUAUGAGGAGGAUCGACAGCAUUUACAUGAAGCUGCUGGACCAGCUGGGGAUGGAGAACCUGUCGGAAAAGGAGCAGAGGGAGCUGGAGAGCCGCCUGCGAGCCCGGGAAGAACACCUGUUACCCGUCUACCACCAGGUGGCAGUGCAGUUUGCGGACCUCCAUGACACGCCGGGGAGGAUGCAGGAGAAGGGCGUCAUUACAGACGUCCUGGAGUGGAAGAACGCGCGCACCUUCCUCUACUGGCGCCUCCGCCGCCUUCUGCUCGAGGACGUGGUCAAGAACGAGAUCCUGCAGGCCAACAGCGAGCUCAGCCACAUCCACAUCCAGUCGAUGCUGCGCCGCUGGUUCAUGGAGACGGAGGGCACCGUGAAGGGAUACCUGUGGGACAACAACCAGGUAGUGGUGGAGUGGCUGGAGAAGCACCUCCGGCAGGAAGACGGCCUCCACUCGGCCAUUCGGGAGAACAUCAAAUGUCUGAAGCGGGAUUUUGUCCUCAAGACCAUCCGCAGGCUGGUUCAGGACAACCCGGAUGUGGCCGUGGACUGUGUGAUCCACAUGACCCAGCACAUUGGCCCGGCAGACAGGGCCCAGAUCGCCCAUCUUCUGGCCACUGUGGAAAGCCCAGCCUCCACCUGACCAGGGGCCGCUUGGGGCCGGACACUGUCCCGCCCGGGAGAGGACGCCCCCCCAGCCGAGGCUGCUGGCCGCCGCGGAGCCCCCACGAGGGCUCGGUGCGUCCCCCCCGGGCAUUUCUGGGGGGCUGGAAGAGCGGGCAGCUCCUCCGGCCUCUAAAUAAAGGGCAUCCGUGUGACGUUUUCAUGCAGAGACGUCCGGCCGCCUGGCGCCGGGCAGUCGUGUGUUUGUUUAGGCUGGGCUGAGGGUGCCGGCCUCCCGGGGGUGCCGGCCUCCCGGCCUCCCGGGGGCGCUUCUCUUUUUGGUCGGCUCCCCAUUUAAGAAUCCUCCUGGGCUGAGGGAAGGCGCCGGAGCUGGAGGCCGGAUCCAAAGAGGGCCGGAGCAAGCGGCCGGGUGCCUGCGUGCCCCGAGCAUCCGGGCACUUCGCUUGUUUUUAAUUUUUGUAAAUGAAGAAAAAUCAUUUUUUUCAAACAGCAAGUGAGAAAUCACUAGGGACAGCAGUGGGGAAUCUUAGCCUGUAAGCGGCCAUCGUGAGGAGGCACGAAGGGCCGCCCUGGCUCUGGGGCUUCUCCCAGAUCUCCUCCGUGGGCCGGGCGCUCCCCCGGCCUCCUCCCCCAGGGCCUCCCUCCCAGGCCUGCCGCCCCCCUGUGCUCCGACGCUGCCGUCCGUCCCGUCAGUGCCUUGUCCGCGGUGAGCCCCGCGCCCAGCUGGCACGCCCAGGUGGUGUGGGGGAGCAGAGGCCCCCCGGCUGCUCUGAUUGGCCGGAGCUGGGGCCCUCGGGGAGGAGGAGGAGGAGGGCAGAGCCCGGCUCUGGGCCCCCUUGACGCGUCGUGCCAGGCUCGGGAGGUCGCCUGAUCCGAUGGGCCAGAAGCGAGGGGCGAGCGGGGGUCCCCGAGGGGCUGGGCAGGGGAGGGGGCGGGGGCCGAGCAAUGAAGGCUUUUGAUUGUGGCCCGGCAGGCCGGCCGCCCUCUGAGGGGCCGUCCAGACCGGCGCUGUCGGGGGGCUGCCAAUAAACUGACCAUGUUUUCA